GUCAUCCACGACUUCCGCCAGCACGCUCACACGUAUAUGUUCGAAUGAUGGCCUGGAAUCUCUCACUCGCCAUCUGCAAGUAGAGCACCGAUGGCACAUCAAGCAGACGCCAAGCGAGCCCUAGACGAGCGCGGUUACACUGGCCGACUCAUCCGCGGUGACAACCCACUGAAACUGUUCGAGAAGGCUGUCCGCGACCGUAUCAUCGAUAGCUACUACUGGAAAGAGCAAUGCUUUGGUCUCAACGCUGCGACAAUACUUGACCGCGCCACUGAGCUCACCUUCAUCGGCGGCACGUAUGGUGUGGCGCAAAAGCCUACGCCGUUUCUUUGUCUAGCCUUCAAAUUGCUGCAAAUUGUACCAGACAAGGAGAUCAUCCUAUUCUACUUGGAGCAGGAGGAGUUCAAGUACCUUCGCGCCCUGGCUGCCUUCUAUAUUAGGCUGGCAUGGGAGAAGGACGAGGAGGUUUACACGACGCUUGAGCCAUACCUUUCGGAUGCACGAAAGCUCAAGCGGCGUACGAGAGAGGGAUGGGCACUCACGCAUGUGGACGAGUUUAUCGAUGAUCUGCUUAUCAAGGGGAGGCUCUGCGCAACGACUCUACCCAAGAUCAACCCGCGACUGUUCCUGGAGGACGAGGACCGGCUGGAACCGAGGGAAAGCGCGUUAGGCGAAGAGCUUGAGGAGCUUGAUAGGGAUGACGAAGCCGAUGAGUCUGAAGUUGAGAUGGUGACGAAUGGGCAUGCAGAUGGAAACGGAGAGGAUGCCGCGAUGGACGGCGACUGAAGCAAGCGGUACCUCCUUCUGGCGUCCCACGCUAUAGGUGUUUCUGGAACCAAUCGAGGAUCAUCCGGUACCCGCGGUCGUACUCUCGCCUCACAUCGGUCUUGGCGAGGUCGGCGCGGGCGGAAAGCCAGCCAUGUGCCAUCUGCGGAGACACCUCGAAGUAGUUCUCUACCUUCAAUGCCUGAUGUAUCGUAGGGUCAGCUAUGCCUUGGACAAUCGCGAAGGGAUAUAAGCAUCCCUCGACUUACAGCUUUAAAGUUUGCGAACUUCGACUGUGGCUCAUCCAUUGAGCAUAGCGACAGUAC